UCUUAGUCAGCUAAUGUUCCUACGACUAACAAUCAAUCAUGGCUGACGUGGAGUUUCAUUCUGAGGUGAGUGCUCCUUUGGAAGGUGACAUCAAUGCACCAGUUACAGAAACUACUGAUGAGAUCUCAACGCUGGACGAACCUGUCAGAGAAACCAUCAUGAGGGACCUGAAGGCUGUGGGAUUCAAGUUUUAUCACGUGCUUUAUCCAAAGCAGAGCAAACUGCUGCUUCGUGAAUGGGAUCUGUGGGGACCACUUAUUCUUUGUACCUUUAUGGCCAUGAUGCUGCAAGGAUCCACAAAUGAACUGGAUCAGAUAAACAAAAGUGAUGGCGGUCCACAGUUUGCUGAAGUCUUUGUCAUUUACUGGGUUGGUGCAGCUGUUGUUACCCUCAACUGCAAACUCUUGGGUGGAAGCAUCUCAUUUUUCCAGAGUGUGUGUGUUCUGGGAUAUUGUGUCUGUCCACUGGCCAUAGCACUUAUUAUCUGUCGCAUCAUACUGGCUGCAGCCACACAGACAACUAUCCUCUUCGUUAUCCGUUUCUUAGCUGUCCUGGCUGGCUUUGGCUGGUCGACAUUUGCAUCUACAGCUUUCCUGUCUGACAGUCAGCCCAGUGGCCGCAAAGCUUUAGCAAUGUAUCCACUCUUUCUCUUCUACUUUAUCAUUGGGUGGCUUAUCAUUUCACAUACUAGGAGCUGAAAAAAAAAACCUGACAUUGCUAUUAUUGUUAACAUAUUUAUAGUUAAGUUCUUACCCUCAAUACACAUUCACAAUCAUAAUACAUCUGUGUGGACAUGUCCUCUCUCUUUUUUUUCACUUUCUUCCUGGCUCCUCACAUAUACACAGAUUGAUAAGAUUGUGGGAAAUGCAUGAGAUAAUGGUAAAACUACCCUCACGUGAUUGUUGAUAUGUAAUAUUUUUCAUGUGAAGUUCUCGAGGGUAAAAAUAGACAUAUUUAGAGAAAACGAUAGAUCUUGGGUCUUUUGUACAGCAAGUGGGAAUUCCUUUCUGAGCCAGCUGCUGUUUUUUUUUUCUACACUUUUAUUCUGUAGUUUUACCUUUCUGUGUCAAAAACUGUAGUAAGCUAAAGUUAGGUGAACUGCUUUUGAGCAUGUUCUUUAUUCUGUUUUGUGCUCCUCACUGGGCCUGUUAUAUUUUUACUUUCAAGGAGUACAGCAGUUUGAGAGGGUUCGGUAAUAAUACUGUUAUGUGGACCAUGAUAUUAAAUGCUAUUUGAUGUGUGUGGAUGGGUAGUUGAUUGGUGUUAUGCUGUAUGGAUGCUAAAUAAAGUGAGCGUGUCAUUCCGAGUGUAUUCAGUGCUUACAUCUGUAUCCAUCCAAUGAAUGCAUUUGAUCCUGUUUUGGGAAUCAUGUCUUCCAUAUAGUGGCAAUGUAAGGUUGGGAUUAUGGGAUGGAGUAUUUGCAGCUUGUUCCUUUACCUUGUUUGUUGUACAAGAGGGGGGUUUUUUUUUCACAAAUUAUAAUUGGGGCUAAGAAACUUAGAAAGAAUAGUAAAGCAUUGUACAGAAACCAUUUUUCAAGAAAGUAGGACAAUUUCUUUUUAAUUUACUGAAAUGUGUUAAUUACUUGUAAAUACAUGAGUUUUUUUUCUUCCUCUUAUUUUCCCAGAAGAAAGCAUGUUUUUGCUACCAUUCCUAAUAUGCUGAGCAAUUACAUGUAUAUGUUAAUUUAUAUUGUUAGUCAUAACAGUCCUUUCUGUUCUGCUGGGACUAUUACUUGAUCUUUGCUGUAGUCUGUAAAGUUUGUGUAAUCGUGUCAACUAUUUUCACAAAGUUUGUUAGUGUGUUCCUUUGCACAUGUUCAUCCUUUGUGGACGCAUUUGAGAGAGGCAGACACACAAAGAAUAACUAAAUACACUUUUACCUACAUGCAUUUGGCAAAUUUAAAACAUAAAAAGUUGCAGUUUUUUUUUUAAUUCUUGAAGGGUGUGAAUAAUUUGCAUGGCGUUGUAAAUUCUGAUUGGAGGUAAAACUGUUGGUGUUAAAUAAAUGUAUCAUAAAAAUGGGAUGCAAAUGACAUAAAGAAAAUAUGGCAAAAUU